AUGGGUCUGGCCGAUAGAGCCAAGCAGUGUCCCAAAGGUUACUGCUACUACAAAUACGUCCAGUCAACGGCCGCUACGAAAACGGCCGUUGGGAACCUAGUGACUGCGGAUGGUGGGCUUGCUUCGACUGCAGGUCCAACCGCCGGCGUACCUGACUAUGGAGGGGACGGGCGAUUGGCUGAUAACUGGAAACUGUGGCGAAUACAGUAUGAAGAUUUUCGAACACUGACAGCGAUGGACCGCGAAUCCAGUCCCGUACAAUUGGCUUUGUUCCGUCACAUGAUUGGUCCGCCUGCUCUGCGUGUCAAAAAUGGAUUCACUUACAGUCCGGAUGAGUACCGUGGAGAUUGGCAGGUGGUGAUGGCGAAGAUGGAGUGGUACUAUCUUGGUGAAUCCAACGAGACUUACGAACGAUACAUCUUCAACCAGAGGAGACAGCAGCAUAGUGAGUCCCUCGACGCAUUCGUCCUAUCGCUAAAAUCAUUAACUCGGUCGUGCAAUUUCUGUGCCUAUCUGGAAGAGAGUCUAAUAAGGGAUUGA